GAGGCAGUGGGGGAGGAAGAAGACGAGGAGGAGAAAGGCAGCCAUGAGGACAGGACGUCCAUCAUCCUCAUCUGGCCCAAUGGCUCCUGCCUUGCCACUUUCAGGACACCAGAAGGAGCAAAGAGAGCCCGCGUCACCCGUCUCCCCUCCAUCAAAGUCCUGGAGAAGGAGCUGAGCCGCCGCCAUGCCUGGAGGACAUUGAGCGCCAGGAGCCUGGAGAGGCUCAUUGAGGGCCAGGAAAAGGUGCCAGGGCAGGUGGGCUCUGGCUGCAGCAGGCUGCUCUUUGGCCAGCCCCUGGCAACCCUCUGCGGGGAGGACGGCACGCUGCCCCAGCCCAUCCAGGAGCUGCGGGCUCUCCUGCAGCGGGAAGGGCCAUCGACGGAGGGGAUAUUCCGCAGAGCUGCCAGCGUGACAGCAUUUCGGGAGCUGCGGGAGGCCCUGGACCACGGCAAAGAUGUCGACCUGGGAAGCCAGCCGGCACUGCUGCUGGCCCUGGAGGCCUUGGCGUUGCAGGACUUCCUCCGAAGCAUCCCCGCCAAGCUCCUGGUGACGGAGCUCUAUGCGGACUGGAUGGCGGCCAUGCAGAAGAGCAGCAAGGAGGAGAAGAUAGAGGAGCUGAAAGCGGUGGCCGACAAGUUGCCUGCAGCCAAUCUCCUCCUCCUCAAGCAGCUGCUGUCCCUCCUCCAGCACAUCAGCCACAACGCCUCCACCAGCAGGAUGACCUCCAGCAACCUGGCCAUCUGCCUUGGGCCCAACCUGCUGAGCCCACCCAACGAGGAUCUGCUCCUGCUGGAGGCCAUGCUGGAUGUGACCGAGAAGGUGAAGGGGCUGGUGGAGUUCAUGAUUGAAAACUGCUGUGCAAUCUUUGUGGAGGAGAUGGCUGGCCUUCCAAGUCCCUCAGCUGAGGAGGUGCCAGCACUCAUGGACAGAUCCACAGAGCUGCCUUUGCUAGAGCAACGUGGCCCUGCAGGUAAAGGCGACGUGGAGCGCCAGGCAAAAGCCUUCCUGGACACACCACCCUCGCUGCUUGUCCUCCAGAAAGCAGCAGGGGCAGACGCUGUGGCGGGAUCAGGAACGGCAGAGGCACCCGUUGCUUUGCCUCCAACCACCCCAGAGACCAUGGCAGACUCCCCGGGCUAUGCAGAAGAACUAAAGAGCCUUUCAGAGGAAAGAAGGUGCUGA